AUGCCCGACGACUCCAAGAAGAUCGUGCUCAAGGUGGACAUCGCCGGCGACGAGUGCAGGGCCACCCGCGCCAUGAGCAUCGUCGCCAAGUUCUGCGGGGUGAAGUCGAUGGCGGUGGACGGCGAGAAGGGGACGCUGACGGUGGUGGGCGCGGUGGACGUGGUGCGCGUGGCCAAGGCGCUCCGCAAGGCCGGCUUCGAGGCGCGCGUCCUCAGCGUCGGCCCGGAGAAGGCGGAGGAGAAGAAGCCCGACGAGGCCGCCGCCAAGAAGCCGGCCGACGACGAGCCCAAGAAGCCGCCGCCGUGCUGCCCGGGAUGCAGCGCCUGCUGCCCGCCACCAGCUCCGGGCCCGGUGGCUCCUUUCCCCGGCGCCGUCGUGUGCUACGAGGAGCGCCCCCCGGGCAACGACUGCGCCAUCCUCUGACGAUGAUCUCAGGCUACCGGACUAGAGGUUGCAAUGCCACUCGUGCAUUUUCAAUUUUGAUAGUUCCGUUCAUCCUCAAAGAUCAAAAGGCAAUGUGAAUCUGUGUAUGAUUGUAUAAUGCCAGGAUACAAACAUACGGAUUAUCCUCGCAAAAAAAAACGGAUUAAGCUUUACUUACCUGAUAAUAACUCGUUUGUUGAACUUUUUUUUUUUUGUCUUGUCGCAUUCGAAAGAAAUCAAAAG